AUGAAUUGGUCGAUUUUGACAUCCCUUCUUGCUCUUGCCGUCGUUAUCUUCGCCGAUGAGCGCUAUACCGACAGAUAUGACAAUCUUAAUUUGGAUGAAAUUAUGUCCAACAAAAGACUGCUGACUUCUUACAUAAAGUGUAUUCUGGAUAAAGGCCGUUGUACACCCGAAGGAAAAGAACUUAAGCUUCACAUUACGGACGCCAUGCAAAACAGCUGCUUAAAAUGUACAAAUUUCCAACGACAUGGUGCCAGAAAAAUUGUUAAGUUCAUUCGUGCAAAUGAAAAGGAUUCUUGGGAACAGAUAAAGAAAAAAUAUGAUCCGAACAAUGUGUACAAAGAUAAAUACGAAGCCUUCCUUGAGGCUGAAAAU